ACUACGCGUUCAAAAAGACCCCCGCCUUCGGAGCUCAGUGUUCACUCUAAUGGAGUCGGUGAACUACAAUCUUUUCAACCUCCUUUACAUCUUGUUUUUGCUUCAUCAAAAACCAGUGUUACCAACUCCUGUCCUUCCUAAAGAAGCUCUUCCAACUAAAUCAGGAUACCUUCCAGUCAAUCAAAGCUCCGGUUCCGCUAUUUUCUACACCUUCUAUGAAGCCCAAAACCCCACUUUGGCAAUCUCCCAAACCCCACUUCUCCUUUGGCUCCAAGGUGGCCCUGGCUGCUCCUCCAUGAUCGGAAACUUCUUAGAGCUCGGACCCUGGCGUGUCAACUUCCACAAGAAGGACGAUGAACCCCUUUCUCUCGAGCCCAACUCCGGUUCUUGGAACCGGAUCUUCGGCCUUCUCUUCCUCGACAAUCCGAUAGGAACCGGAUUCAGUUUUGCCGAGAAAUCGGAAGAAAUCCCAAGAGACCAGAACUCAGUCGCCAAACAUCUAUUUGCUGCGAUCAUUGGGUUUUUCAAAUUAAACCCGUCGUUUAGAUCUCGGCCGCUUUAUAUAACCGGCGAGAGCUACGCCGGGAAAUAUAUUCCGGCGAUUGGGUACUAUAUUCUGAAAGUGAAUAGGAAGUUGAAAGAAUCCGUGAAGGUGAAUUUAGCGGGUAUUGCUAUUGGAAACGGGUUGACUGACCCGAUGACCCAAGAAGCAACUCAUGCUUCGACUGCUUACUUCUCUGGUUUUAUUAAUGAAAAGCAGAAAGAUGAAUUGGAGAAGCUCCAAGGGGAGGCAAUCAGGCUGACUGAAACGGGGAAUUGGAAUGAAGCAACGAAUGCAAGAACAGAGAUCAUGGAUUUAUUGCAAAACAUGACGGCUUUGGCUACCAUGUAUGAUUUUACAAAGAAAGCUGCUUACAAGGAUUACAUGGUCACUGAGCUUUUGCAGAUAGAAGAGGUAAAGAAGGCCUUAGGAGCAAAGGAAUCGGUCACGUUUGAGGCGUGUAGCAAAUUGGUAGGUGCCGCAUUGCAUGAUGAUUUAAUGAGAAGUGUGAAAUUUAUGGUGGAAUUGUUGGUGAAGAAGACCAAGGUUUUGCUGUACCAGGGUCAUUUGGAUUUGAGAAUUGGUGUUGUUUCUGCUUAGGCUUGGAUUAAGACAUUGAAUUGGGAAGGGAGCGAAAAGUUUCAAACUGCAGAGAGAAAAAUUUGGAAAGUGACUGGGGAACUUGCUGGGUAUGUUCAGAAAUGGAGGAGGUUUAGCCAUGUUGUGGUUUUAGGAGCUGGGCAUUUGGUUCCUGCCGAUCAGCCAUUGAACUCUCAAGCAAUGAUAGAAGAAUGGGUUUUGGAUGAAGGACUAUUUGGCAAUGCUCAAGAGGAAAGUUUACCAUCAAAUUUGAGAGCAAUAGUUUAAAAACUUCAAUUUCCAUAGUUCAAUAUGCAAUGCAUUUUAAAUUUAUGUUUCUUAUUACUUCAUCAGAAAAGUUUUUUUAAACCUUCCAUGAUGAAUGAUCUCUCAUGGCCAUUUCCUCUUGAUAAUAUGCUUCUGUUUAACAUUGUCACUGGAAAAUUUCCUGUUAACGUGUUUGUUUUCUCUGUUUGAUUUACUGUUCUUUGUAAUUAAUUCAUUUAUGUGUGAAUUAACAACGCAAAAGUUGAAUGGUAGCCAUUAAUUGCUUCAUUAGCACACCUUCUGCGGACAUGGAUCUCUCUGUUAAUCUUGAUAAUUUGCUGUUUGACAUUGGCCCUGGAAAUUUUCCUGUUAACAUGUUUGUUUCUCUGUUUGGUUUCCUGAUAUUUUUAAUUAAUUUAAUUCAUAAAUGUUUGAAUCAAAAACUCAAAGUCUUCAAUGAAUCGCUGCUACUAAUUGCUCCAUUAGUACACUUUCUACGGAUUUGGAUUUUUUUUUAAAUGAAAAAUCUGGAUCUUGCUAAUCUAGAAAGCAGGGGUAACUUUCCUUAAAGUUUUGAGAAUUUCCUGAACCCAGAAACGAGGAAAGAAAUAAACAAAACAUUAUUCAAACAAUUUGCUUCUGAUUUUUUGUUCAAAAAACCAAUUCUUAAGUCAGAACCAACGAAAAAAGUAAGCACCAAAGAUUAAACAAAAAGCAAAAGCAGAAAAAUGAGUUACCCAAAAAAAAAACAAAA